AUGGAAGUGGGAAGGGGGUGGCAGUGGGAGGGGGGUGGAAGUGGGAGGGGGGUGGAAGUGGGAAGGGGGUGGAAGUGGGAGGGGGGUGGAAGUGGGAAGGGGGUGGACGUGGGAAGGGGGUGGAAGUGGGAAGGGGGUGGAAGUGGGAAGAGGGUGGAAGUGGGAGGGGGGUGGAAGUGGGAGGGGGUGGAAGUGGGAAGAGGGUGGAACCAGAAGAAGAAGAAGAAGAAGAAGAAGAAGAAGAAGAAGAAGAAGAAGAAGAAGAAGAAGAAGAAGAAGAAGAAGAAGAAGAAGAAGAAGAAGAAGCAGAAGCAGAAGAAGAAGAAGAAGAAGAAGAAGAAGAAGAAGAAGAAGAAGAAGAAGUGUUGUGUCAUGAAAAGUGUUGACGUGAAAAAGAUGAUGCUGAAGAUUGAGAAAUGUUUUAAAGAUCAUUUUUAA